CCCCCAGCGGGACAUGAGAGGCCGUUCUCCAGCUGGAGAGGCGAGACGGACAGACAGAGUGAGUGAAGGCGGCGAUCGGGCAGGAUUGGGACCACGCUGCAGAGUAAACUGGUGGAGAGCGCUGGCGAGUGUCCACUCCUCACUAAUGGCCUGCUUGUAGUGAGGGACCAGACUGAGCUUACAAGCCCAGCAGAUGUGGUGAACCCUGGGCUGCUCCGCCAGCCCACUUCCCUUGCUUCUUCUGAGCCUUCAGACUUACUGACACACAGAGAUUGUAGGAGUACAGUAAGCCACAACGAUGGCGUUGGUCCAGUCCCUCCCAGUCACCACUGACCACCAAGCUCCAGGCCUGGAUGCCCGUCCGCAUCGUUCCUCUCCAGUUUCACCCACCCCUCUUGGAGCCAUGGGUUCUGUGAGCAGCCUUAUCCCCAGCCACGCUGCAUACCAUGGCCGGACCAACCUGGAGGUCACAGCUAAACUCAGACGGGGUACACCAGGCUCGGGCCGGCUCCUCUCUGAGUCUUCACAGCAAGGUCUGCUUGGGAGUCGAACGCCGUCGAGCAAGAGGAAGGCCAUUGCAAGUCGAGGGAAAGGAAUUGGCGGUCGAUCGUAUUCACAUGAAGACUUGAUAACUGACUGGAAUGAUAACUGGUUGGACUCAGUACGGGGAGGAGGGGAGAUGCCAGUGGACGGGCCCCCUAAGUUAGUCCCUGUGUCUGGGCAGUUGGAGAGGAACAUUCAGCAGGCCAUUAUCCGACCGACAGCCUUCAAGCCUGUCGUGCCAAAGAGCAGAAAUGCCAUGCAAUACCUCUCACCACGGCUAGGUGGCGGCCUGUCCGGGAGCCAGGGAAAUCUCAACUUGUUGUCUCCAGAUCAGGACAUCACCCCUGUAACCACAGAGAGACGCAGCUCCUACAGUGGAGCUCGAAAUGGGCUGCUCAGCCAGUCCUUCACCAUGUCAGACUCAGCCCGGAACUCUUUAACUAAUCUUCCCACAUACAGUGGCCCCGUAUAUAACUUGAACCAUGUGGAAGCUACAAAGUCUGUACUUAGCCAUGGACACUCCAAUUCAGACAGCGGACGUUCAUCCUCUAGCAAAAGCACUGGGUCUCUGGGAGGCCGUAGUCAACCAGGCAUAUCAGACAUGGGGUCUGGUGGACCUUCCCCUCCACCUAUAGAGGCUUAUGAGGCCAUUGUGAGAGACUUGGAGGAAAAACUGAGAGAGAGAGAGCUGGAGCUGCAGCAUCUCAGAGAAAACCUGGAUGAAAAUGAGGUAGCGAUUUGCCAGGUAUAUGAGGAGAAGCAGAAACGCAGUGAGUUGGAAAUGGAAGAGCUACGACAGAGUUGUGCCACCAAGAUGCAAAAGGCAUCGCAGAAAGCACAACGGGCGCAACAGCUGCUGCAAUUGCAAGUCUUCCAGCUCCAGCAAGAUAAGAAGAAACUGCAGGAGGAUUUCUCACAGCUUCUACAGGAGCGGGAGCAGCUUGAGGAGCGCUGCGCCUCCUUUGAACGAGAACACACACAGCUGGGGCCCAGACUGGAGGAGACCAAAUGGGAGGUGUGUCAGAAAUCAGGUGAGAUCUCGCUGCUGAAGCAGCAGCUGAAGGACCUGCAGGCGGAUCUGGCUCAGCGGGUGGGAGAAGUGGUGACUUUGCGUGGGCAGCUGCGUGAGGUCCGAGCCGAGCUGCAGAAUACCCAGGCCCAGCUGCAGGAGGCGCACACACACUCGCGCACGCGCACCCUGGAGCUGGAGGUGUGCGAGAACGAACUACAGCGGCGCAAGAGCGAGAAUGAGCUGCUGCGCGAGAAGAUGAACCGGCUAGAGGAAGAGCUGACACGCAUGCGUGAGGCUCUGAGCGAAUAUGCAGAGGCUCCGCCUCUCACGCACGCUCACGAAGCAGGGAUAAGCCCUGGAUAUAGAGGAGGAGGGGGUGGAGCAAUUCCAGAGGAGCAAAGGCUGGCUAGUGAUGGCGAGGACGUCAAAGGUCAGCGCGAGAGUUCCAGACAGCACCUGGACAGGCUGAAGGAGGAGCUGGUGCGCGAGAGACAGCUUGUGUUGGACCAGGCCACUGCGUUUGAGAGCGAGCGUAGGUGCUGGGAGGAAGAGAAGGACAAAGUGAUCCGCUAUCAGAAACAGCUGCAGCAGAACUAUGUACAGAUGUACAGGCGCAACCGUGAGCUUGAGACGGCUCUGCGCGAGCUCAGCCUCGAGCUGGAGAAGCGAGAGCUGGACGACGAGAGCAGCGGUAACGAGAUCACUUUUGACGACGUUGCUGCAACCGAGAUAUAACACUCUUAAACCUACACAGCUUUUAAGGCCACACCUUUUAAAAUGCAAGGACGUGCUUCUUAGGGCACAGGUUAACACAUUUGAUUGACAAGUAGCUAGGGGGCGUUAUCUGACAGAACUAAAGUGACAGACAAAAUCAAUAAACAUUUUGAAAUGGACACGUAAUAAAAUAGAAAACCUAGACAAGAUUGGGCCUCACAGCCAGAUCGGCCUGGGUUCGAUUCCUCAGCCGGGCAACCAGGGUCCCCUCUGUGUGGGUGCUCCAGUCUUCCCCCCACAUUCCAAAGACAUGUAGGCCAGUUAGAGUCACUAACUUGCCUCUAACGUGUGAGAGUGUGUGUGAACCUGUGUGUCUGCCCUGCGAUGGACUGGGGACCUGUCCAGGGUGUUUCCUGCCUGCCACCAAGUGAAUGCUGGGCUUGGCUCUAGCACCCCCCAUGACCCAAGAGGAUGAGUGGCUUAGAUGAAUAAACAAAUAGAGAACACUUCCUAAGCAAAAAUACAAGAAAACACAAUUGUACCAAAACUAGCAUUUCCUAAAAAAAAAGUUUGUCAGUUUUGAAAUGUUAAUCUUUCGUCUUUCACGUUCUCUCAAAUCGCUUUCUUGCAUUUGCCUACUUGUCAAUCAGAUCAAAGCUUUCCCCAUUUAGAAGCACGUCCUGCUUCUAUUUUGGGCCAGAAACAUACUCAACGCAAAAGACUGAAUUCAAAUGACAGGGCCCAGCCAACGCAUAGCAAACACACCUUCCUGCUGUACAAACCCAGCUUGCACUCUUAUGUUACUAUGGUGGUUAAAACACAGUAUUCCCAGAGGUGAUAGAGGAAAAAAGUCAGCACCUGUAAGCAGUACAAGUUAGCCAGGCUUGGCUGUUGCUCUAGUGCCCCUCAUGGCAAUGCUCAGAAUGCAGCUUGUGUUUGCAUUGUGAACUGAAUUGUAACAUUUUGGAAUGCAGCGGCACAAAAUUGUGUGCGAUUUGGAGCAUUUGCGCUCACAUACUUGCGUGAAGUGUUUCUGGCCUUAAGCACAUUUAAAAAGGCAUCAUCUGAACGCCCACUGACGCAACACGGAACAUACAAAAGAGCAGCACAAGUAACCCAUUCACAUAACACUGUAAUGCUAAAUCACUGCACCCACAUACACUGCCUGUCAGAAGUUUAGGGACACCACCUUCUUUUAGAGAUUAAGAUUUUUACCAUUAUGUUUCAAUAGGGCCUCACAGCGAGGAGGGCCUGGGUUCGGUUCCCCGGCUGGGUGACCGGGGUCCUCUCUGUGUGGAGUUUGCAUGUUCUCCCUGUGUCUGUGUGGGUUUCCUCCGGGUUCUCCGGUU